CAAUGUUGAAAGUCGUUGGUGCAUCGUGGCAAAAAACGCGGAUAGGGACCUACAUCUUAAUCGGUGCUGGUCUCUUGGUCAUCGGAGCCUUCUUCAUUGGCUACAUGGAGCGGCCGGAGUAUGAUGGCACCUACUGUGCUACUGCUCUGUGGACGAAGCAGGUUGGCUUCCAAAUUGAAAACUGGAAGCAGCAGAACGAUCUGGUCAACAUUCCCACGGGUGUUGGCAGGAUUUGCUACAAGGAUUCGGUUUAUGAGAAUGGUUGGGCUCAAAUCGAGGUGGAGACACAAAGAACAUAUCCAGAUUGGGUUCAGGCCUAUGCAGCUGGCAUGCUAGAGGGUUCGCUGACCUGGAGGAACAUCUACAAUCAGUGGUCAAAUACCAUUUCCUCUUCCUGUGAGCGAGAUGAAAGCACCCAGAAGUUCUGCGGCUGGCUGAGGGAGCUCUUGACCUCCAACUACGAUCGCUUGAAGAGGCAGACUGAAAAGGCUGAGAAUGAUCACUAUUGGCAUCAAUUGCAUUUGUUUAUCACCCAGUUGGAGGGACUGGAAACUGGUUACAAGCGCGGAGCAACUCGAGCUCGUUCCGAUUUGGAGGAGGAGAUACCAUUUUCCGAUUUCCUGCUGAUGAACGCCGCAGCCGAUAUUCAGGAUCUGAAGAUUUACUACGAGAACUAUGUGCUGCCCAAUAAUACGGAACACACUGAGGAAUCAGGAACCGAUCAGCCAAAGAACUUCUUCUUGCCAAGCGCUUCCAUGUUGACGAAGAUUGUCCAGCAAGAUGAUACACUUCAGUUGCUUUUUGGACACAGCACGGCAGGGAGUUAUUCCUCCAUGUUGAGGAUCCAGAAACGCUACAAGUUCCAUUACCAUUUCUCACCAAAGUUGAGGAGUAACACAGUUCCCGGAGUGGAUAUUACCUUCACUGGUUAUCCUGGUAUUCUUGGUUCCACUGAUGACUUCUACACCAUCAAGGGACGUCACCUGCAUUCGAUCGUAGGAGGCGUUGGCAUCAAGAACGAGAAUCUGCAGCUAUGGAAAACGGUGGAUCCCAAAAAGAUGGUGCCCUUGGUGGCUCGUGUCAUGGCUGCCAAUCGGAUCUCGCAGAAUCGUCAGACCUGGGCCACUGCAAUGGCCAGGCAUCCCAUCACCGGAGCCAAGCAAUGGAUCACCGUGGAUCUGAACAAGAUGAAGGUCCAGGAUAAUCUAUAUAAUGCCCUGGAAGGUGAUGACAAGCAUGACGAUGCUGCUGUGACGGUCAAUGAGAAGGAUAGGACAGCCAUCCAACAGCGUCACGAUCAGCUGAAGGAUAUGGUAUGGAUUGCCGAGCAGUUGCCAGGAAUGAUGACCAAGAAGGAUGUGACUCAAGGAUUUCUGGUGUCUGGCAACUCAUCUUGGCUGGCCAAUGGAGUGCCGUACUAUAAGAAUAUCCUGGAGUUGAGCGGUGUGAACUACAGCGAGGAUAAGCAGCUGACGGCGGCCGAUGAGGAGGAGUUGACCAGUCUUUCGGCGGUGGACAAGUAUCUGCGGACACAUGGUUUCCGUGGCGAUCUGCUGGGCAGCCAGGAGUCGAUUGCCUAUGGCAACAUAGAUCUAAAAUUGUUCUCCUACAACGCCCGAUUGGGUAGCACCGAUUUCCAUGCCUUUGCGGGACCUGUCUUCUUGCGAUUCCAACAUGUCCAGCCAAGGGCUUUGGAGGAGGAUGAGGGUAAGGAUGGCAGUGCACCACCUGCCGCCUCCAUGGGUGAUGAACGUCUCAGCGUGAGCAUCGAGGAUGCAGACAGUCUGGCGGAAAUGGAACUCAUUACUGAGAGGCGACCUGUGCGAAAUGAUAUGAGGGCCAUUGCCAUGCGAAAGAUUGGCAGUGGACCCUUUAAGUGGUCACAAAUGAGUCCCGUGGAGGAGGGCGGUGGCCAUCAGGGACAUCCCGAUGAGUGGAACUUUGACAAGGUCUCUCCCAAGUGGGCGUGGUAAACGCUGAGGAGCAGGUUUCUUACAACCCGUAGAACCCAAUCGAAUUUGUACGCAGAACCCACCUCCAUCCAUUUAGAAAAAAACAACAAAAACAAAACUGGAAAGCAAUAAUUGUUUUAGAUCCUGUAAUUAGUGUCUUGUCUUGUCUCGUAUAACUUGUGUGUUCCUAGCUGGUACAUAUCUUACGUCCAUAGUCCUUUAGUAUGUAUUGUACUUAUGUUUCGUGUCCAAUCAAUUGUUGUCUUCCAGUUGGUUAACUUUUAACUUCACUUAGGCCCUUUGUAAAUUAGCAACAAAAUUGUAAACCUAGUUUUUUAGCACAAAAUUUUUGUACUCUAGUAAUUUUAUAAAAGAAAAUAAAAGAAAAAAAAAUAAAACCAAUGAAUAAAA